AUGAAGACCGCCGCCGUUCUCUCCACCUUCGCUCUUGCCCUCCCUGCCUUCGCAGCACCCGUCACCACUGCCACUGGCUGCGUUGCUAAGACCAACAUCUGCCGCACCACCAUCGGUGCCGACGGCCUCCACGCCAACCAGGCCCAAUGCUCCGCCGAGGACGCCGCCUGCAAGAGUGCCUGUGAGGAAUCUUACAACACCUGCAGAACCACUCGCGGCCCCGACGGUCUCUCUGCCAACAUGGCCCAGUGUGCUUCCGAGUACGCCACCUGCCUCGGCGAGAACCCCUUUGACAAGCGUGCCGCUCCCGCCGGUGCCUUUGGCGGUGUCGCCAUCCACUCUGGCUCCGAGAUCCAGUAUGCCUCCAUCAACGCCGCCGAGCGCAAGUUCUGGCUCUUGAAGGACACCGACACCUACUGCCCUGAUGUCGAGGGCCUCACCUGCUCCAACACCACCUCCACCCAAUUUGUCGGCGGCGACAACACCCUCAGCCUUGACACCGUAGUUCCCGGUGGUCAGCAGAUUUUCGUUGCCGUUGACGGUAGCCUCGGCUUCACUGCCCCUCACUCUGCCUACACUGGCCCUGACGCCAUGUCCACUGGUUUCAGCAUUGCUCAGGAGGGCCAGCACAUCCAGUUCCAGGGCCAGGACUUCCUCGCUUGCCCCAUCGACGGCCACUAUGAGAUUUACGCUGCUGCCAUUGCCAAGAACGCUGCCGCUUGCACUGGUUUCGCUUUCAGAGUUGCCGACACCAGUGCUCCUGCUGCUUGGGAGUACUCUUAA